AUGACGGAACGCAUUCUGAUGAACGAGUUCAAGUCCCUCUCGACGGAGAAAUGGGUUCACAUCGAGUUGAAAGACGAGGAUAUUUUUCGCUGGAAUGUCGCCCUCGUCGUGUUGAAUCCGGACUCCCUCUAUUAUGGUGGCUACUUCAAGGCUGUCAUGGACUUUCCCAAAAACUACCCAUAUUCGCCCCCAAAAUUCCGAUUCAACCGGUCCAUCUGGCACCCCAACAUCUACAAUAGCGGCGAUCUCUGCAUCUCCAUUCUCCACUCUCCAGGCGAUGAUGAACAAUCUGGCGAAGUCGCUGCUGAGCGCUGGUCUCCCGCUCAGCGUGUAGAAUCCGUCUUAAUUUCGAUCCUCUCUCUCCUUGAUGAUGCCGAAUGUUCAUCUCCCGCCAAUGUCGACGCUGGUGUUCAACUGCGCAAAGAUCCCCUCGGGUACCGGGACAGAGUUCGCGAGGACGUCGAGCGCUCCAAGAAGGACAUUCCGGAAGGGUUUGUCAUGCCCACCUUCGAGUCAACUAUGUCCAAGCCCGUUUCGGAAAAAGACGAUGCCGACUUUUGGGCUGAUAGUGAUGUGGACGUCUACAGUGAUGGUGACGAUGAUCCAUUCGGUGGCAGUGACUCGUCUGAUUUUGGUGCCGAUGACGACGAUAUGGAGCUUGACGACGAAGCCGACUCUGCCAGUGAUGACGAAACUGAGAAACAAGAGGACAAACAGGUAUGA